AUGGCAGCAGGAAGUGGAAAGAGACGCAGAAGGAAGUUACAGUUAAGCAAGCUUUUCACACUAACAUUUGCUAAAGCUUGUUUCAAGCCAGACCAUUCACGUAUUGGACGAUCUGGUUUCUCUCGUGUGGUUAUCUGUAACCAACCUGAUUCCCCUGAAGCAAAUUACUGUGACAACUACGUCAGGACCACCAAGUACACUCUCACCACUUUCUUCCCUAAAUCACUGUUUGAGCAAUUUAGGAGAGUAGCCAAUUUCUACUUCCUUGUUGUUGGGGUCUUGUCUUUCACUCCUCUCGCGCCUUAUACCGCUGUGAGCGCCAUUGUUCCGCUGACUUUCGUCAUUCUUGCUACUAUGGUUAAAGAAGGUGUAGAAGAUUGGCGCCGGAAACAGCAGGAUAUCGAGGUGAAUAGCAGAAAAGUUAAAGUGCACCAAGGCAAUGGGAAUUUCGAUCUUAGGGAAUGGAAGACUCUAAGAGUUGGGGAUGUAUUGAAGGUCGAGAAAAACGAUUUCUUCCCGGCAGACCUUGUCCUGCUUUCCUCUAGCUAUGAGGAUGCUGUUUGCUAUGUAGAGACAAUGAACCUUGACGGGGAAACAAAUCUGAAACUUAAACAAGGACUAGAAGAUACUCUGCCAUUGCGUGAAGAGCUCAAUUUCAGGGACUUUGAGGCUUUUAUCAAAUGCGAGGAUCCGAAUGCGAACUUGUACUCGUUUGUUGGUACUAUGGAGCUUAAAGGAGCAAAGUACCCUCUCUCACCACAACAGCUUCUUCUGAGGGGCUCAAAACUCAGGAACACAGACUAUAUCUAUGGGGUUGUUAUCUUCACGGGCCCUGAUACAAAGGUUGUCCAGAAUUCAACAGGGCCUCCGUCAAAGAGAAGCAUGAUUGAAAGGAAGAUGGAUAAAAUUAUAUAUCUGAUGUUCUUUGUGGUAGUUUCAUUGGCAUUUUUUGGUUCGGUUUUGUUUGGAAUAUCAACAAGAGAAGACUUCCAGAAUGGCAUCAUGAAAAGAUGGUAUCUGAAACCGGAUGAUUCCGCAAUCUUCUUUGACCCAAAGAGGGCGCCUAUGGCUGCAGUCUGUCACUUUCUAUCGGCUCUAAUGUUAAACAGUUAUUUCAUUCCUAUAUCCUUGUAUGUGUCAAUAGAGAUUGUUAAAGUUCUUCAGAGCUUCUUUAUCAACCAGGAUAUCCAUAUGUACUACGAGGAAGCUGACAAACCAGCACAUGCCCGUACUUCUAAUCUGAAUGAAGAACUUGGGCAAGUGGGUACAAUUCUUUCAGACAAGACAGGAACAUUGACGUGUAACUCCAUGGAGUUCAUUAAGUGUUCUAUUGCUGGGACAGCCUAUGGUCGUGGUGUUACAGAGGUGGAGAUGGCUAUUGGUAGGAGAAAUGGUUCUUCUUUGGUGAAUCAGAGCAAUGAAAGUAGUACCGAGGAUGUUGUUGCUGCAGAACCGACAGUGAAAGGAUUCAACUUUAGAGAUGAACGGAUAAUGAAUGGAAACUGGGUCACAGAAACACAUGCUAAUGUCAUUCAGAAAUUCUUUCAAUUGUUGGCAGUAUGUCAUACAGUCAUACCUGAAGUGGAUGAAGAUACAGGAAAGAUCUCCUACGAGGCUGAAUCACCAGACGAGGCAGCAUUUGUUAUUGCAGCAAGAGAGCUUGGGUUUGAAUUUUUUGUUCGAACUCAGACAACAAUAUCCGUUAGAGAGCUAUACCCGGUGACUGGCGAACGAGUUGAAAGGCUCUAUAAAGUCCUCAACGUUCUUGAAUUCAGUAGCUCAAGGAAAAGGAUGUCAGUAAUAGUGCGCGAUGAAGAUGGCAAACUCCUUUUACUUUGUAAAGGGGCGGACAGUGUCAUGUUUGAAAGAAUUUCCGAAAAAGGUAGAAUGUAUGAAGAGGAAACCCGGGACCAUGUGAACGAGUAUGCUGAUGCGGGAUUGAGAACUUUGAUACUUGCCUAUCGUGAACUCGACGAGAAAGAAUUUGAGCUGUUCACUGAGAGAAUCAGUGAAGCCAAGAAUUCGGUUAGUGCUGAUCGAGAAGCACUGAUAGAUGAAGUCACAGAGAAGAUUGAGAAAGAUUUGGUUCUUCUUGGAGCUACUGCUGUUGAGGAUAAACUCCAAAAUGGGGUCCCUGAAUGCAUUGAUAAGCUUGCUCAAGCAGGAAUAAAGAUUUGGGUUUUGACUGGAGACAAGAUGGAAACUGCUAUCAAUAUUGGCUUUGCUUGUAGUUUGCUCAGACGAGACAUGAAGCAGAUCAUAAUCAACUUGGAGACCCCCGAGAUCCAGCAGUUGGAAAAAUCAGGAGAAAAAGAUGUCAUUGCAGAGGCUUCAAAGGAAAAUGUACUGCGUCAGAUAACUAAUGGAAAGGCUCAGCUAAAGGCGUCUGGUGGAAACUCUGAGGCUUUUGCAUUAAUCAUUGAUGGGAAAUCACUCGCUUAUGCACUGGAGGAUGAUAUGAAAGACAUCUUCCUUGAGCUGGCCAUUAGUUGUGCCUCAGUUAUCUGUUGCCGUUCAUCACCAAAACAGAAGGCCCUGGUAACAAGACUAGUCAAAACCGGAAGCGGUCAGACGACACUGGCAAUUGGUGAUGGCGCAAAUGAUGUUGGAAUGCUUCAAGAAGCAGAUAUAGGAGUUGGGAUCAGUGGAGUGGAAGGAAUGCAGGCUGUAAUGUCCAGCGACAUUGCCAUUGCUCAAUUCAGAUAUCUGGAGCGCUUGUUACUCGUCCAUGGACACUGGUGUUACAGGCGGAUCUCAAAAAUGAUUUGCUACUUCUUCUACAAGAACAUCACAUUUGGUUUCACUCUCUUCUUAUAUGAGGCAUACACAUCAUUCUCUGCUACACCUGCUUACAAUGACUGGUACCUAUCUCUCUAUAGUGUCCUCUUCUCGUCUCUUCCAGUAAUUUGUUUGGGCAUCUUCGACCAGGAUGUAUCUGCACGGUUUUGUCUUAAGUUCCCCGUAUUAUACCAAGAAGGUGUACAGAAUCUACUCUUUAGUUGGCGCCGGAUACUCAGCUGGAUGUUCCAUGGCUUCUGCAGCGCAAUAAUCAUUUUCUUCCUCUGCACAACCUCUCUUGAAUCUCAAGCUUUCAACCACGAAGGGAAAACCGCGGGGAGAGAUAUUCUAGGAGGAACGAUGUACUCAUGUGUGGUGUGGGUUGUGAGUUUGCAGAUGGUAUUAACAAUCAGUUACUUCACAGUGAUCCAACAUCUCGUCGUUUGGGGAUCCGUUGUUAUGUGGUACCUUUUCUUGAUGGUGUACGGAUCCCUUCCAACACGUUUCUCAGCAGAUGCCUAUAUGGUCUUUCUUGAGGCUCUUGCGCCUGCACCUUCUUACUGGAUAACUACUCUCUUUGUCGUGCUAUCCACAAUGUUGCCUUACUUUGUCUUCUCUGCUAUUCAGAUGAGGUUUUUCCCAAUGUCCCAAGGGGCCAUACAGCUGCUUAAAUACGAGGAUCAGUGCAAUGACCCUGGGGAGCUAGAAAUGGUCAGACAGACAUCAGUAAGGCCUGCAUUGGUUGGUUUCACAGCUAGAAUAGAGGCCAUAAAGAGAUCGGUCAGGAGAUCACGUCAGCCACAAUCUUGA